UGAGGGCUGCACUACCACUACCUGGGCGGCGCUUCCCGAAACUUUGGUCGCGCCCCAGAAAAGUUGCGAGGAAUCGGAAUCACGUGACUUUGGGCAAAACGAAACCGACUCCCUUUUCUGCCAACUUUUGAGUCUUGAUUUGAGAUCAUUUCUAAGAGGAGUUUGGGAAAGGAGUUUCCAUCGAGUGCUAGAUGAAUCAACACGGGGCAAAGCCUUUUUCUUUUUCGUUUCAAUUUAAUCCAACCAUUAAUUUCUUUCAGUAUUUCGGUUGACAUUUGGCAGUGAGCGGCUUCCGGGAGGAAGGCGGAGCCAAAGACCAAACGGGAAGUCACCCGAGUCGACGCUGAGGCGACGUCGGCAGUCGGUCGUCGUCUCUGCAGAGCUGCCAAAACAACGUCGCGCCGGCUUCAGAACGGACGACGUGACGCUCGAGUGUCGUGUGAGACGGCAAACCAAAAGAAAACGUUGCCACGCUCGGCUGCGCGAGGCGCUUUGGCAAGUUUGAAGGCGACGCGAAGCGCACGUGUUGGACCGGCGGAGAAGCGGACCCUCCCUCGGCUUGAAUGUCGCGCGCAUUCGCGCCGAUUGGUUGUCGGGAAGUGAGCGAGGAGGAACGCCCGACGCGGGUCCAGUUGCAGCGGCGCCGACGACACGGACUCGGAGUCGACGGAGACGACGAAGGUCUCGUCCGGACGCCGCACCGGGUCCCCCGGAAGCUUUUGACCUGCAGGGUGCUACAAAGUCCAUUCGCUGUUCCUGAGAGGCGGACGCCCCGUCGGGGGAGAGCGAGAGCCGCCGUCGGGAUCAGCGCCUUUCGGGAUGUCGUGCGGGAACAGGAAGCGCAAAGGAGGAGGCCACGCGGCAUCCAAAGAGUCUGCAAAUCACAGGGGUCCUCCAAUGCGACGUGGUAUGGCUUUUCCAGAAAACGUUUUUCAAAAGCCGCUCCAUCCGGUUCUCCUCUUCCUGCUCCUCGCCGAUCGGUCGAAAGGCACACGGGUCCGGAGGGGGCGCGGCGGGCGGGGGUUCCGAGGUCAUCCGCUCUGCGGGAUGGCACAAACAAAGCACACCUUUUGUCCAAAAUAGCGUCUUCCGCGUUGGACCCUGCGCCGCGCGGAGCGCUCGACUCGACCGCGCGUCAUUCAAAGGAACCCUCCCCCGUCGCCGCGACUCGGCGCCGCUUUCCGAAUCUCUUUGGAUUUCGGCCGUCCUCUCCCUUCCGCGACGAUCGGCCGUACGUUCUGAUUUCUGCGAGUAAUGGCGACUGCGGUCCCAUGACUCGGCGCUCCGCGUGGCCGCGCAUGUUUCUGCUUAGGAUUUGGCGAUUUUGUUGCGCAACGGCAGCAAAUUUGGACGCCGCGGUCGCUUCCGCCGUUCACGGGGUUCCGGGACGAGCCGCUUUGGCUCGACCGGACUCUGCGCCGGUGUCGUUCCCUUUCGGCCGGUCCCUCUUAUUUUGGCCCCUCCCCCCGCCCAUCUUCCUGGAAGUUAAUCCGCGGCGUCGCGGCAGAUGGCGGCGUGCGUCGGGCCGCCCGCCCGCCUCCACCGCCGCGCCAGUUAUGAAUGAUUGCGCGCUCCGGGGCAUUAACUUGGGAUCACUUUAAUCCCGCGCAGCAUAUGCGAGGCCCGCUGGGACAAAUCCGGCGUGACCCGCCGCCUCCCACCUAAAUAGUUCCCUCAAAAGCUUCGCCAGCGAUCUCCGCGCGGAUGCGGAAGUUAGGAGCGGGCCCCCCUUCCCGAUCUUUCACUGGUUUGCGCGUGGCCGCUUUUGAAACGUCCAUGUUGUUGUUGUGGUGGUGCGCCGGCGGGGGGUUGCUUAGGUGGCCGCCUUCUAUCGCGCGUGCAAUAAAAGGCGGCGGGAAGAAGAGGAUCAGGGAAGCGGAAAAGCAGGACACAAAGUGGCGCGGACGUUAUCCGAGUUGAUGCGUGAGCGCUCGCCUUUGUUGCCAGGGGGCGCUGCCGGGCCACGUGACGGAAGCUCGCUAAUUAUGACACACUCGUUUCCUCCCCCUUUAUGUGUUCAGGUGUGCAUGCAUGCGUGUGGAUGCGUCUGCGUACACACACACGCACACCCGCAUGACUAAGAGAGCGCGAGCACACACAGCCACUCGGCCAUAUUCGCACUCAAAAGCGAGCACGCACUUGCAGGCAGUUGCAGCCCAAACACAAGCAGCCACGGGCCUUUUUGUGCGCGCAUGUGAUGUUUGUGUCGUGUACGCACGGGCGGAUGAUUGCCGUGCGCGCGCUAAUUUCUUGACCGCCGCCAGGCUCGAGCGCUUGCUUACAUAAGAGCGCCGUUGCGGGCCAGGUUGCCAUUUGCGAGGCGGCCCCGAGGUUCGCUGAUGUCAUCCGCCCGUGAUGUCACGCCGCGAUGGCAUCAUCGAACGGCGUCGGUCCCGCAGCGUCGCGAGCCGGCAGCCGAAGGCCGCCGCCGACACGUGCGCCCGUUACGUAACGUCCCCCCCCGGUGGCCCGCUCUCAAGCGCCGCUUCCCGAACCCCGACGAGAGCGCCUCACGAGUCGCACGAAGGAAGCGGACGCCGUCUCCUCUGGCUUCCGCUUUCUGCGUGCGCGCUCCCCCCGAGGAGUUUUGUGCGCGCGCUGGGGUAGGUGCGCGUUUGUACGGAUGGCGUGCGCACGCUGGAGAUUAUGGAAAUAAAGUGAGGGAUUAAACGCAGUUUUAGCGUCGGCGGCCAAACGAGACGUCCGUGGCUCCACGGCUUUGAGCAGCUAUUUUCAAGUUUUCUAAUCUGCGACGCCGCACGCCACCGCGCCGAGCGUUGGAGGACACCCGCGCCGUCCUCUGCGCUUUGUUUUUGCUCGUCGUCGUCACCGCGAAUGACAAAGGGCGCGAUUUGCCAGGCGUGCACUGACCUGGUGCGAGUCCCGUGGGUCCGGAUCCUGGAUCCAGACGAAACCUGAGAGGAAGGGGGUGAGGGGGUGUUCCCCGCAGGCUGGUGCGCGGCAGAUAAGGGUUGAGGAAAUGCAAGUUUGUGCGUGUCCGCCCGCCGGCCCGCCUACAAGUCGGUUUCCCGCGUGUCCAGGCAGAAGGCGUAGAGCGAGCUUUUCAGGUCCUUGACCUCGCCCUUGGCCCCGGCGGGCGCCCCCGACGACGGCGGCGGCGG